AUGGGGAACCAUACUAUAGAGUACAGCACCGACGAUCCACGUUCUCUGGUGGACUUUGUGGGUUUAUACGCCAUGGUCAUCAUCGGCUGGGUGAUCUUCGUGCCAACUAUGAUCGCGUUCAGCUACGGAGUGAUAUCCUGGUGCCUCCUCAAGAAGUUCAGGCACUUCAGAAACUACGUCAUUAUCAGUGCUAUCACCGCGAAUUUACUUCGUCUGGGAUUGUUUGAGCUGCUGUAUGUUAACCAGUUAGGGUUCGGCAGCGAAGAACAUACUGAACCCACAUUGGUUAUUCCCCUGCUUAACAAGUCAAGCGAGUGUGGUUUUUCCUGCGUUUGUAUAUAUAUAUACAAAAAUGUAUUCACAAACCUCCAUUUGCCGGCGUCGCUAAGUCGAUGCGGUCGUGUUGUUCUGUUGUCUUGCGUUUUAAUAACAACAAUGUCUGACAGUGAUGUUCAUUACAGUCGCAUCCCCAUACCAAACACCACGGCCUUCAAACCUACACUGGUGUCAGUGGUGGUGGAAUACCUCGUCCUUGCGAUGACUCUAACAGCGUUCAUCUACGGCGUCAUCUCAUGGUGUCUCAUCGAGAAAUUCCGGCACUUCAGAAACUUUGUCUACAUCAACGCUGUCGUCUCCAGCUUGCUGCGGCUCUUGACAGUGUCCAUCAUCAUACCGUGCGUGAUGCAAGUCAUUGUGAUCGACGACAAAGACAUCCUGGACAUCUGCCGCUACAUCUGCACCUACUUCUCCGCCGUGCAGAACUAUUGGAUGCUGGUGAUCUGUUACAUAUUCUACGUGGACAUUGUGAAAGUGUUUCGUGGACAUGUGAAGAGAAAAUACUUGAAGUGUUAUCUGUUUGCGUGGGGCAUACCGUUUGUGACAUUUCUAACUUAUUAUGUGUUUCUAUAUUUCAAUGAGAAGGCCCAGUUUUACUCGAGUGGUUCCACGUUGGAUUAUUUUGCUAAUUCCGUUGAAGUAUUUAUUAUUGUGUCACCUUUGAUGAUUAAUUGUGGGUUGUACGCCGCUGUGUUGAUUGCUCUGUGUCAUUGUUUUAAGCCGAAAGCUCCAACAGCUACAGACAAUUGGCGUCGUUUCUAUAUCGCCACGUUGUUGUUUCUCCUGAGUGAUGUUUUAGUGCUGUCUUCUUUAAUUUGGGACGCAAUGAGUGUUACUUUUGUGUUAAGAGCAGUAAUGUCUAAAUUACAGCAGGUUGCUAUAGCUAUAUUUUUUCCGUUGCUAAGAAAUAAUCGGGAAUUGUGGCAACAGUAUUUUGCAAAGAAAGUGGCGAGUAAGAACAUACCUUGAGAGUGAACUAUAAAGUCUCAUUCGACUUGAAGGGAUUUAGUUACAAAAUUCAAAAUUAUAAUCUGUAUAAUUUUGAAUGAACGAAUGAAUUGAUUCCGUGAACGAAUGAUUGGCAUGAUACCAUUAUUUUUGUGCCAAUAAUUCUGAAUCUGACGGGAGGUUUUAUUCGUGUUGUGGGUUUAAGAACCAAGAUGAAUGAAUGAGGAAGUAGGUAUAUGAAGACACGUUUGUUUAUUGUUAUAAAUACAACUGUGUAGCUAUAGACUUUAGCUCUGAAUCACUAGCAGGUAAAACCCUAUAAAAUACUUAAUUAACAUAUAUUUACAUUAUGUGAUGAAACAUACGAUCUGUGUUUGUAUCUAUGUGUUAAUCUUUAUAUGGCCUGAAUGUCAAUUUUGUUUUAUCAAUACACCUCUACACUUUACCUAUAUGGAAUUAAAUUCUUAUUUAGUAUUAUAUUGAUGUAACUCAUCUGUGAUUGGCUACUAGUCAAAAUUAAUUUUAUUAUAAAAACUGCAUCCAUAUUAAUGCAAUAUUGUAAAUGUGAGCUUAUUUAAAAGUAUUAUUCUGUGUCUCUCAAUUUUCUGAAAUUAUGAAUUCUUAUUGUAAAUUGUGAUACUAGUAUUGUCAAAUAGUCUUAAGCAUUGAUUUAUUUACUAAUGGACUGAAUAAUAGUUUUUUUAUGGUAAAAGCCGGUAAACGAGCAGACGGAUCACCUGAUGGUAAGCAAUCGCCCAUGGACACUCGAAACACCAGAGGCGUUACAAGUGCGUUGCCGGCUUAUUGGGGGUUAGGAAUUUUAAGGUUGUUAGGGAAUCGGGGUUUGGGAAAAAGGGGAAUUUCUGGGUGUUCGGUAACCUCACUUACACAACGCCAGCGUUGUUUCACGUCGGUUUUCUGUGAGGCCGUGGUAUCACUCCGGUCGAGCCGGCCCAUUCGCGGCGAAGCAUGACCACACUUAGUGAGACUGAUUUACAUAUUAUGUAUAAAAUAUUCAUGGAAUUGUUACAUAAAUGUAUAAUAUAUUAAAACUCUGUAUUGUGACUCUGAUCUUGAGCUUAAGGUAAAUAAUACGUAACUACUUUUUAACCAACUGCAUCUAUCAUACUAUAUGUGAUGUUAUAAUACGCAGUUCAACGUCUCCGGGGGUCACCCGGGCCUGGUGUUCUGUAACACAGGUUCAACCUUUAACAGACACCAGUCUCAUAGCUGUAGAACUAUAUAAAUGUUAAAUGGUAAAAAACUUGAGAAAAUAAAGAUUUUUUAUUAUUAUUAUUAUCUAAGACGAGGGCAAAGAAGAUAUAAUUUAAUGUAGAAUCAACCAAGUUACUUAGUAAUAAAGUUUGAUUCAGUAUAGAGACAGCAACUUGUCUAAUACAGAUAAUACCUAGGUUAGUAUUUCAACUAGUCAAAUUCAAUACUUUUAUAGAAAUGUGCAAAACGUUUUUUCUUACAAAUAUAAGCUAGACAAAUGAGAACAUUUAGUCCAUUUCUGAAUACGAUUUUUAUUGUAUUGAAUAAUUUAUUUGUAACACAGGCAACUAUCCAAUUAUUAUACUUUUUUAACGAGAUCAAAUCUUUGUAAGCUUAUUAAAGAAAAAUACUUUCAUGUCUUCUCGUUCUUACUCUUGUUGUUUCAUUUUAAAAUAAAUAUGUUAUGUCUAAAA